GAAGCGUACCAAGAAUGGUAGUAGAUAAAGCUUAUAAAGGGCUCCGCUUCCUUGGCCAUUUCCAGUCAGUGUCGGAUAGACUCCGGAUCUAGUCGCAAAGUGGGAAUAGUUGGAAUAGAGUGAAGGCAUACGAAAGAGUGCUAAGAUGGGACGACUGUCUUCGCUGAUUCUACUGCUAGCAGCUUUCGCCGGAUGCCAAACGGCACCAGCCACCACCACCAUCAUCCAGCCUGCACAGUACUAUCUACUCCAACCCCAGCCGACAACGUUGAAGAUUCAGCCACAUCUUAUUCAACCGAUUCAGCAGCUAAAACUGCUACCCAAACAACAACAACUGAUCUACUAUUACCCCUCGAUUCCUCUGGGAAGCCAAAUUCAUGACAAGCCGAUUCAAUUGAUCACCCUAAAGGAUGAGGAGGAGACACCCUGGUGGCAGGGUUUCGUCAAUUUCUUCCAGCCAAGUACAGAAAAACCUGCGGAAGCACCCGAAUCGGCGACCGAAGCUCCAGCUGAAACGGACUCCAUGAAGAAGCAACAAAUGUUUAUGGCGCCAGCCGAUGCUGAACAGCUUCCCUCGAAAGCUGGGGUUCAAUAUAAUCCUCAAGGGCACCGGUAUUACAUCCUAUCUGGGGCUCCGCAGUUCUACGGUAACUUCGAUGCUCUUCAAAAUCCUCUAAACCCAAUUUUCAGUCUGCAGCCAUUGCAAGCUAUUCACGCAAGGGCCAAUUCGGACAUCCAAGCACUAGACGACCAACAACGUCUGCAGCCCCAGAUUGUAACAUCGAUCGCACCCAUUGCACCCGUCCCGGCACCUGUUCCUGCCCAGUUGAAAAACGAUCUUCUGGAGUCGCAUCCGGAUAAAAAUCAUGCCGAUCGGAAUUGGGCGCGCUCAUUGGAUGAUGAACCGAAUCAGGAGCCUGAAAAGCAGGGUUUACCGCAGAUUCAGGGUCGCUCCCAGCAGGAUGAUGAGGAAAACGGACAGAAUCUUCCUCAGGCUGAUAUGGACGAAAGCAAAAAAGAAGACCGUGAGGAAUCGCGAGCAUCGCACGAGCCUUCUGUUGCUGCGGUGAAGCCAACUGGAUUAGCCAUCGCUGGCAAUGGUGGGCUAGCUGCUGCUGCUCCAACCGGAACUGCCAUCUCGGGAAAGAAAGGUUUAGCCUUGGCAUCACCUUCCGCUACUUCUGUGGCUGGUAAUUUCUUCGGCGAUGAUGACGAUGAUAAGAAAAAUUAGAUUUUUGAACGAAUCGCACAACAAACAAUAAAGAAGAAUAAUGACUGAACCCUUGACUCCGUUUACUCAUGAAAACUCUGAACCGGAACUAGUGAUAAACAGCUCAAACUGUGAGCUGUCUGGAAAUCUCGACAAUGGUGCUGGUAGAAAAAGCUUACUGGGUGAAUCGAUCUCCACGAGGGAGGCGAUCGUCCCACAUUAGCCAUUAUAGGUACGCAAGGAUAUUUUCGUAUACGUAAUACUAACCGUCCCUGGCAAGUGGAAUCCUCUAACGGGAUUUCACGGCAACAGGAUCGUAAACCGGACUGACAAUCCCACCUCAAAGAGCGCGGGAAUUACUUCUAGACCUACUUACGUAUCGAAGCAAUUUGGAUUCAAAAUCGUAGCGUUAGAUUAUUUAAAUUAAUAGACGAAAUUUUCAGUAGGUAUAAUUAUGUUCCAUUCAUUAGCCAUUAAGUGUAUCAUUCAUCAUUCAUUCAUCCGUUCCGAGUUGCUAAUGGGUUGAGCUGAAGAUUAUGGAAAAUACUGAUUAGUUUUCAAUGUUCAAUGUUUAACCCAUUGAAAACUCAUAGUUAACAACCGCCAUGCAUUUCAUCACGAUAAAAAUUAUAUGAAAAGAAAAUAACAAAAAAAAAAUAUACACAAAGAGAAGAUAAA